AUGCUAUAUGAUGAAUACAAAAAGGCAAAUGAGGAAAAAUACAAGAUGAAGACAAGAGGUUUCUAUCAAAAGGAGGAGUCGGUGAAAGAUAAAAAGAUGGACUUUGAAGACAUGCUCACAAGAUUUGCAGCUGCAUCCGAAAAGAGACACAAUGAAACCGAUGUUGCAAUUAGGGAACAACAAGCCAUGAUGAAAGAGCAACAAUCAUUGAUGAGAAAUCAGCAGGCCUCUAUAAUGACGACUAGGAGUGGGAAAAUAAUUAACCUUCUAACACCUAUAAUGAAUGAUGAUACAAGAGAGGUGCAGGAAAAGCAGAAAGAAGACCCGAAUUCCCAGUCAUCCGAUCCGACUCGUCGAGUCGGAAAUAUGGACUCGACGAGUCCACCGUCAGAAAAGAAAAAUGAUCCUCCUUUGAAACCUUAUCAGUCUCCAUUGCCAUUUCCAAGUUGGGAAAGACAAGAAAAGCAGAAUGAAGAUUAUCAAAAUUUCCUGGAACACAUCAAAUCCCUCCAGAUCAACAUUCCUUUCAUAGAAGCGGUUGCACAAAUGCCCAAGUAUGCAAAAUUCCUAAAAGAGCAACUCACUAGUCGAAAGAAGUUGGAAGAGGUUUUCAAGGUGGUACUUAACGAGAAUUGUCCAGCUGCAAUGUUGAACAAAUUACCAAAGAAGAUGGGAGACCCGACACUUUGCUGUGUGGUGAAAUUCGCAAAAAAAAAAAAGAGAAAAAAAGGUUGUAAAAUGUCAUUAUUGACUUUUUAA